GAGUCGAGAAAUCUCUCCUCCUCUGCGCCCCGGUUGGCUCCAAUAAAUUAUUAUAAUUAGCAUAGUUGAGGGGACACACAGCACAGCAGCCGAGUUAAGCGACACUGGAAUUUAGCGCUGUUAGUGGAAAUUUUGUGAAAACAAAGGGGGAAAAAUUCCAAAUAAAUCACCGACGCCGAUAUGUCCAUCUCCGAGCCACCGGGCAAUGUCAGCCAGACCCUAGGACCAACAAGAGAUCCCCUUGGAAUCGUGGUACCUGUGACCGUAGUUUACUCCCUGAUCUUUGUCAGCGGUGUGGUGGGCAACAUCAGUACCUGUAUUGUGAUUAAGAAGAACCGUUCUAUGCACACCGCCACCAACUACUAUCUCUUCUCCCUGGCCAUCUCCGACUUCCUGCUUCUGCUCUCUGGUGUGCCCCAGGAGGUGGCCUUCAUCUGGUCCAAAUACCCAUACGUCUUUGGCGAAUAUGUCUGCAUUGGCAGGGGUUUGUUGGCCGAGACGGCGGCCAAUGCCACAGUUUUAACCAUAACCGCCUUCACCGUGGAGCGGUACAUAGCCAUUUGUCAUCCAUUUUUGGGCCAGGCCAUGAGUAAACUCAGUCGGGCCACCAGGAUUAUUGUCCUGGUUUGGUUGCUGGCCGUGAUUACAGCCAUUCCGCAGGCCGCUCAGUUUGGAAUCUUUGCCGAUGAUGGUGUGGUCAAGUGUGGCAUUGUUCGGAUCAUAGUGAAGCAUUCGUUCCAGUUGUCCACAUUUAUCUUUUUCCUGGCCCCAAUGUCUAUUAUCCUGGUGCUGUAUCUGCUGAUUGGCCUGCACCUGUAUCGCUCCAGUAGGAUUGAGGCUCCCGCCUCGGUUUCCCGCCGCCAGCAGCUGAAGAGUGUUCCAAGUGACACGAUCCUGUAUCGAUAUGCGGGAUCCAGUAAUGCCAUGAAUCUCAAUGGAUCCGGAUCUGGAGCAGCAGCGGUGGGCGGUUCGGGGGCACAGCUCAGCUCGGUGAGGGGUCGACUCAAUCACUAUGGUACCCGGCGGGUGCUCAGGAUGCUCGUUGCCGUGGUGGUAUGCUUCUUCCUUUGCUGGGCCCCCUUUCAUGCCCAGCGACUGAUUGCCAUCUAUGCCCCAGCACGUGGGGCAGACCUAAGGGACCAGCAUGAGUUUGUCUACACGGUAAUGACCUACAUCUCCGGAGUACUCUAUUACCUGUCCACCUGCAUCAAUCCGCUGUUAUACAACUUGAUGAGUAACAAGUUCCGAGAGGCCUUCAAGGCUGUGCUUUUUGGCAAGAAGGUCUCCAAGGGAUCACUCAAUUCCCGGAACAACAUCGAGUCACGGCGCCUGCGCAGAGCUCUCACCAAUUCCAGUCAGACGCAACGCGUUUCCAUUGACUCAGCGGAACAGCAGCCAAAGCAAACUCUAGUGCAGGCAAGGCAUCCUCUUAUGCCAGGCGAGAUCCCAUAAUAAAUGCCAUCUAUGAUCCCCUCCAGAACUCACUGAAUGAUCGCCUGUCGCUGGUCAAGCCGCAGAUUGCCUCACAGUAUGCGAUGAUCAAUACCCAGAACAACUGAACGAACAACAAAACUUCCUGAUGCUAAUUCCAGGCCGGAUUCUUACCAAAGUGUUUAGUAUAAGCUGUUGUCGCGUUCACCUGCCGGGCAAUUAGAGGUUAAUCGCAAGCCUCUCUCCUCUCUCUCUCUCUCUCUCUCUCUCUGUGUCUCUUAAAUAUUAAGUUUUCAUUCAUGCAGCAUCGGAAAUCGAACCUGAAUCGGUCGAAUAUAUGUACAUAUAUGUAUGUAUGCCCGAACUAGUCUUUCAAGUAUUCAGAAUUAUUUAGUGUAAGAAUAGUGUCGGCUGCAAAGUCUCCGUUAGUUAAUCGCUGGGGACGUACUCUUUAAUAUGUAAGAAGCCAGAGGAGGUUAUAAUAGCUUUUUGUAAAUUUUCCAAAUGAUACAAUAUAAAUUAAUCACUUAGUGAAACGCCCACCUUUUAGGUAUAUAAAUCUUUAUUAAAAACAAACAACGAACCAUUUAAUUAUUCUCAGAAAAAUAUUCGAGCAUUGCUACAAAGUGUCUAUUAUAAAAUUUUAAAUUGAAAAUACAAUGCAAGCAGUUGAUAUAGUAGUUUUAAUCCAGAAAAAAGUUGAAAUAAGUAAUUCUUUUGACCAAAAAGAUUAUAAAAAUGCUUACCUUACUAUUCUGUCAUAAUAAAUAACUGUAACAGUAGGAAAAUGUAAGCAAAGUAAUGAUAAAAGAUAAAUCCUAAGCUUAAGCGUUUAUAAACAACUUGAUUCAGUAACCUACUCAAUUCUAAUGACGGACCAAGUUCGCUUACUUACCAGAUAUUUAUGUGUAUAUUGUGUAUAUGU